AUGGCGGCUCUGUCCACCGUGGCAUGGUCAGCUGACACUGAGGUCCUGCUUGCCGGGGUCCAGGGUGGAAAAAGGAGGGCCACCACGGCGGGGCAGGUGCGGGCUUGCUCAGAGACCCGUGGUUCCCGAAGCCGGGACGUUGGGGCCUCCAAGCCAGGCUGGCCUGGAGGGAAGACGUGUCCCCCUGGGGAGGAGGACUGCGGCCUCCUGGGGGGAUGUCCCAGCGCCUUCGUGGUCGCCCGGGUUCUCUUCGCCGCCUGUGAGCUGGGAGUCUUUGACCUUCUGGCCGAGGCCCCGGAGGCCCUGGGCUCGGCUGCAGUGGCUGCACGUCUGGGCGUCAGCUCCCGGGGGACAGAGCUACUGCUGGUUGCCUGUGUGUCCCUGAAGCUGCUUCAAGUGGAAGUGAGGAGAGAAAAAGCUGCGUAUGAAAACACAGAGCUCGCCAGCACCUACCUGGCCAGAGCCAGCCCAAAGUCCCAGCAGGACAUGCUGCUGUACACGGCCAGGACCACCUACCUGGGCUGGGGCCACCUGGCCGCGGCUGUCAGAGACAGGAGGAACCAGUAUCUGAAGGCCAUUGGGGUUCCCUCCGAGGAGCUCUUCACUGCCAUCUACAGGAGGCACCGCAGCUACCUCCCGACCCAGCACUGCCUUCCCAUAGAGGAGGGACGGAAAGCACGGGUCGCCCUUCGGAUAGGGAUGUCCCCACCCUGUCACGUCCUGUGUCCGCUUGCAGGUGGUUCCGGGGCUCUGGCCAAGGCGUGCAUGUCUCUGUACCCGGGGUCUCAGGUCACCGUGUUUGACAUCCCGGACGUGGUCCAGAUGGCAAAGAGGCACUUCUCAUUCCUGGAGGAUGAACGGAUCGGCUUCUGUGAAGGAGAUUUCUUUAAAGACUGCCUUCUGGAGCUGGAUCUGUGCAUCCUGGCCAGGGUCCUGCAUGACUGGACGGAUGAGAAGUGUUCACACCUGCUGGUGAGAACCUAUCAAGCCUGCAAGGUGGUAGGGCUGGGCGUCGCUGUGCUGUCAACGCGGGGCAGGCCUGGUCAUUCCGAGGGCUCCGUGGAAGGUCUCCGAUGUCCGUCAAGCCUGUCCGACGGGCAGGAUGAGAACUGCAGACUCUACUGCCCAUCAGGGAGCAGCUGCAGAAAUGGCGGCUGCUGA